UGGGAAAAAAUGGCUAAUGAAGCAGACAAUCUGGAAUAUCUUUCCUGUAGUAUUAGUAGUAUAAAGCCUGUAGCACAUACUAUGAUCGAAAAUGUACUGUCAGUCUGCCCAGAUGUUGAUCCAAUAGAUAUAGCUAAAGAUUUGGAAAUCACUAGAGGUCCAAUGAAAACUAUUAACAGGAUACUGGAUGGUCAGUUUCCUGCCAUAGUCAAUAUUGAUGUUGAUGUUGAUGUUGAAAACAAAGCCAAGGAUCAGACCCAAAGGAAUCUGGUUAAUUCAAGGACUUUUGAUAAAUCAGAGGUAUCUGUUAACAGAGAAAAAGUUUUAGAAAUUAAAGAUGAUUCCAGUGACACUGAUGUUUACACUGAUGCAGAUAGUACUGAUGAUGACAUUAUUGUAGCAAAUGAAGAGAGAAAAAGCUUGUUCAGUGCCUUAAGAAGCAGAAUGAAUGACAAGGAAUCUAGAAAAAGCCCUGGAAAGCAGUCACAAACUAUGGAGUCAGCUGUCAGCGUAGGACAUGUUUCUUCUUACCACCCUGAAGAAAAGGGUGAGGUAGGGGUAGGGAAGGUCAAACAUGCAAGUUCAAUAAUUGAUCUUUCCUUCUUGGAUGAUGAUGAGCAAGAGGAUAUUCAGGAUGUUAGAAACACUUUACAUUCAUCUGCUGCUAAAACACUAGCUAAAAACUCAGGGAAUCAAAUGCCACUAAAGAAGAACAGGAAAGCUGUGGAGAGACAGGGAGAAAAAUUUGUAGAUUCCUCUCCAUGUGAUCAUGACAGCUCUGACAGUGAUGAUCUUCCAUGUGUUCUUCCAUCUUUACAUUCAUGUAGUAGAGGCACCCUAUCUUCUCCAUCACAUUCAAACUCAUACACAGAUAAUUAUGAAAGACAUGACUCUCAGUUUCAAGGAAGCAACUUUGACUCUCAGGAUGAUUCUCAAAUCCCUGUUAAAAGAAGGAGAAGGUUACCACAGGAAAUUGCAAAACAGAGAAAUGAAGCUCAUCUAAAGAAACAAGCAAAAGAACUUGAAAAAAGAACAAAGAAACAAGCAAAAGAAAAAGAACAACAGGCCAGAAAACAAGCUAGGGAACAGUUGAAAAUUCAGAAGGACAAGGACAGACUGCUGAAAAUGGCUGUGAGAAUGAAUCAGAAAUCAAACAAUCGAUUGGAUGGCUGUAUCAAGCAAAUAGUGGUCUGCAUGGAUCAUGAAAUAGUGAACUGUUGUCAGCUAGCAGGGGAAAAUCUUCUUCUUCAAAGAUUGGAAUCACUGGGAGCAGCUCAUAAGAUACAAUCACAGCAAUUUCCCAGCAGUAUCACCUGGCAGAGAACUUGUCUGCAACAUGACGUACAAGAAGAGACACUUCAGAUCUCCACCAGAACAACUGUCACUGAUGAAAACCAUGCAGUUCUUCGUCUGUCAGUAGUCAAGUUUGUGGAAAUGGUUGUACGAUUUCGUGAGGAGAUUCAAAAUCCAGCAGUAUCUAUUAUCUCUGAUGAAGAAACUCUGACUGAAUUCUUUGAAAGAGCUCUGACAAUUUACCCUGGAAAAAUCAUCACUUUUGUUGUCAUGGGUCUUGAAAAGUAUUUCAGAGAUGUGAAACUCUCUCAAAACCGCCAGUUUCGAAAUGCUGUUCGUGGACAAAGCUCCUCAGAUAGUGAUAAUUCCAGUGGUAAACGACGAAAGAAAACAAAUAAGGAAUCUGUACCCAGUGUUACGGUGUCAAGGGUUGAUGUAGAAGAAGCGCUUGUGGACUUACAGAUUAAACAGCCUGACUGCCGAGUACGCAUGUGUGAAACUGAAGAGGAGUUUGCUGAUCUGUUGGCCAUGUUAACUAAAGCUGUUGCUGAAGCACCAUUCAAGAGGAAACAACCAGAAGUAUUUUCAUUCUGUGUGGAAGGACAGAAACGAUCUGUGAAGGUGUCAAAAGACGGUGAAGGUUUGAAGAAAGUCUGGCAGAAACACUUUCAACAGUUGAGAAAUGUAUCAGCUGAGAUGGCGGCCGCCAUAACAAACGUUUAUCCUUCUCCACAGAGUCUCCUUAAGGCCUAUCGAGGAUGUAGCAGUAGGGAGGAAGCUUCUAAACUGCUCCAGGACAUCUUGGUCCGUCGUGGCGCCGGGGUACUGGCCAGUAGCCGAAGAAUUGGACCUGAACUUUCUCGACGGGUUUAUCUUCUUUUCUCAACUGACUAUGGCGACCUAUCCUUGAAAUAAUAGCCCCCUUACCCGGGCAGUGGACGCCACUGUUUUGAGGGGUCUGAGUGGGAAGUUUCCUUUGGAUUAGUUUCGUAUUCGUAAGAUUACGAGGUAUUGUAGUUUCUUUUAAAAUCUACCUGACUGUUAGCCUGACUAGGGGAACGUUUGUUUUUUCUGUAACAGCUGCCAGUACGAACAAUUCUGCAGCGAUACCUAAGGAUGUGUGAUUACGUUAAAGCUAAUUGAUUUUCUCAUCGAAUUUUACCCCUUUUAUACUUAUUUUCCUCGAGCUCAGAUGCCGCAGAAAGACAUUUGUUUUGCCUAGAAUAAUGUGCUUCAUUUUUUCCGUAGAGAACAGACCUCAAAAGGUAAUACCAAUUUUAGCCAUGGAUAAUUGUCUUAAGAGUUCACUGAUAUAGCAUUCAGAGGUACUCUUUUAGUGCUCAGUUUGGUUUGCUUCGAUUUUUUCCACUUCUUGACAACAGAGGCUAAAGCAUGUUCACCAUUUCCCUCUAUUAACUCUGAUUUCACGAACAACAUUGCUAUUCAGGUCCGUGUGCAAAAGAAGGCUUUUUAGUCCUGAUGCAACAUAGUUACGUUUAUGAAAUAGCUGAUACGCAGAUCACACCUGACUUUUCAAAAACAAAAAUUAAAAGUUAUGUUAUAAGAUCACAAGACCGUACUUUCUGUUGAUUCACCGUCGUAAUAAUCCAUAGGGUACGUAUGUUGCAUGAAAUCCCAAAAAGAAAUUAGAAUGUUGUAAAGUAGCGAUUCCGGUUCUGGCCUCUACUAAAUAUAGGAGCCUCCCAGGGCUAAAUAUAGGAGCCUCCCAAGGCUAAAUAUAGGAGCCUCCCAGGGCUAAAUAUAGGAGCCUCCCAGGGCUAAAUAUAGGAGCCUCCCAGGGCGAAAUAUAGGAGCCUCCCAGGGCUGUGGGAGAGAGAAUGCGGAAGAUUCUCUCGCCUUCGAGUCGGAAUUCAUAAAACUCUCUUCUGUUUUAUAGCAUCUCACGUGGAUUAUUUUCUGUUGAAUGAUUAAUCUAUAAAUGUGCACAUAGGAUGAAUAUCUGAAAAUAUGAUCUAGAUGUGGAAGAGAUAUUUUGUUAAUUUAGUUACUUGACAAGAAUAAAGUACUUUAUUUUGAACUACUUAA